AUGUCAAUUUCAGAAAGAUUCUAUUUGUUGCCCAAGCUCAAUGACACCAACUACACCACCUGGAGCAUACACAUGAAGGUGGUCCUCAUCAAAAAGGGCCACUGGUCCCUCGCCUCUGGGACAGAGACAUUGGAUGCAUCCAUCCAAGCUGAUGCUGACAAAAUUGCCACAUUCCAGCAGUGCCAGCUCGAAGCCUGCUCAGAGCUCAUUCUCACAGUUGAAGACAGCCAACUCCCACACAUGGAUGGUGAUGACCCCAAGGUUAUUUGGGAUGAGCUAGUCAAAGUGCACCAUGCUUGA